AUGUCGGUCCCAUUAUACCUCAAGAUAAAGGGCCCUCAAUCCGGUGACCAACACUACGAUCCACGCUUUGCUGUUAUCUCAGAGAAGUCAAUUGAGUUCAAUGAUUCCAAAUACGAUUUCGAGCAAAUCUAUCAGCCAUCGGAAACUCAAUACCCGGACUUGGUCAACUCACACAACUCUUGUAUUGUGUUGAUGGGACCAACUGGAGGAGGCAAGACAACCAUGAUGAGACAGUUGGUGAAUGCAAAAUUGAAGUCAUUUGAUAGUGAACCAGUUUUCGUUUCUUCAUUUGAAAUUGCCAAUAAUAAAUUCUUGAUUGACUUGUUGGAUAAUAACCCGGCAAAGGUUCCAUUUAGCUUAUUGAACAACUUUGAAAAUAAAUUGAAAAGGAGAAAGGCAAGCAGUGAGAUGAUUAAGGAAAUCUUCAAACAAAGGUCGAGCAAAGCCACCGAGUUCAAUCCCAAUUCAUCUAGAUCGUGUCUUGUAAUCACAUUCUUUUACCACAACUUUAGAACCACGUUUGUUGACUUGAUGGGUAAUGAAAAGAAUUCCAAGCUUAGCUCAAACAUUUUUGCAAACACGAACAUGUCAUCGAUUACUCAACAAAUGGUAAACAAACAAAAAGACAUUAGAUCUCAUAAUGUGGUUACAAAUUACAUCUUUAAAAACAGGGAUUUAAAAGUGGUGCUUAACUUGGACCCAAAUGGUGAUGUGUCCUUAAUCAAGUCAACAUUGACCAAUAUUGCUGAGAUUGUGAAGACAUUUAAAUUGUCCACCACCGCAGUGGAGAAAAGUUCCCGAGUACCCAGUUAUACUUUGCCUACCGUGUCUUCGAUCAAAGGUAGUCCCCCAAAAGUGGCAAAGAAGGUUGGCUCAGUAAGGCUUACGCAACCGGUUAGACCUACUCGGGUUGUGGAUAGGAAGUAUGCAAUCCGGAAACCGCCGGUCCCCACUAGAGGUCCAAGUAAGGAGGCAAAGAUUAUCGAGUCUUUGAAGAAGGACCAAAUAAUUUCUAGACAAAAGUACGCGGAAUCCAUCGCUGACAUUAAAACUGAAAUUGGCUGCUUCAAGCAAGAAACUAAUCAAAUGGUCAACUCAUACCAAAACUUGAGAUCAAGAUUGGACUUGCUUGCACAGGUGAAUGCCGACAAACAAGAGAUGAUUGCUGCCAUACAAGAGGAAAAUUCCAAACUUGUCCAAGAGUUGAACCAGGUUAAGCAAGAGGAAGCCGAUUAUGUGCAAGUAAUAAGCACACACAAAGAGGAAGCUGAUAGACACCAAGUCGAUCUCACCAAUUUGCAAAAAGAGUUAGAGGUUAGUAAAAAUGCGUUAUCAGAACUCAAGCUGCUCAAAACAAAUCUCGAAAAUGAGGUGGAGUUGCUGAAGGAAGAAGGACGUAAGUUGAUAGAACGAGUCAGAAUGUUGAAUUUUGAACUUGAUGAAAAUAAGAAAUUACUUGCCAGCAAUAGUUUUGACAUGACACAACUUCGUGAAGAGAUUGACUCGCAAAAAAGUUUGCUGGUUCAGAAGGAAAGUCAGGUCAUCGAGUUGCAAAAUACAAAGGAUGAACUUGUCAAAAGGAAUGAGGUUCUUGAGAGGGAAUUGAGAGACCUGAAGUUGUCCUUGGAGGAAGCAACUCUAGGCAACAAUGAAGUUUCAAAUGAGGUGUCAAAGUUGUCAGCCUUGAUUGUGGAAAAGGAUGCGGAGAUUGAAAGGUUGCACCAAGUAGAACAAGAGGUGUCACAAUUGAAGGAAACCCAUCAAUUUGAAAGUGAGUCUGCCGCUUCGCAGUUGUCAAAGAUGAAGGCAGACAUUUCUGCGAAACAGAUCAAGAUCGAUUACUUACACACAACGGAAACUAAUCUCACCCAACAGGUGCAUCAAUUGCAAGAUGAGAAGAAAGUGUUGGAGGGUAAAGUGAAUGAACUCAAAUUAGCAAAUGAGGAAUUGCAAAAGCAAAUUGCGUCAGCAGUAGACACUAACAAUGGAAGGGCUGGUGAGUUGGAAUCUGAACUAUCAGAAACAAAGAACCAACUCAAAGCUUUAUCGCAAAAGUUGGAGAAAGAAUCCUCUUUGAAUAGUCAAUUGAGAUUUGAUCUCGAAGCUGCAAUUGCCAAACAACAAACCCUUGAAUUUGAUCUAGCCAACGCUGAGUCAAGCUUGUCGAAAGAACUGAAUGAAAAGGAGGAUUUGACCAACAAGUUAGCCUCCAAGACCCAACAAUUGAAAACUAAAAUUGAAGCUGCAACACAAUUGGAAAUGGAGCUCAAUGACUCCAAAGAACAGUAUAAACAAUUGCAUGAGCGAUUCGCUAGAAAGCAAGAACACUACAAAAACAAGAUUUCAGAUUUGAAAAAGUCACACGAAUUGGUAAUUGCUGAGAAAGACGCUGAGAUAAAGAAAUUAAGAUCAUCUCCAACCAAACUCGGAUUAAGCGAUGACUACAAUGGUCACUUGUUCAGUGAACGGUCCUCACCUUUUGGGUUCAAUCCUAAUGAGAUUUACAACGACUCAGUUGUUGAAUCCACAAUAAACCUCAACCAAGCUGAUCAAACAAACGUGAACAACAGCAACAACCACAACAACGAAAACAAUGAAAACAAGUCGUCUGAGAAAAAGUCCCCUAAAAAGUCUUACAAAUUAGAGAAGCAAAAGUCGAGAAGCUCUACGCCAAACAAACAUACCCCUACAAAGAAUGUCCUACAACCAUCAAACCAAUUCAAUUCGGUGCCGCUUUCAUCGAGCAAAAUCAAGAAAAAGAGUGGCUCUAAUAAAUCAUCGCCUUUAAAGUCAAUUAAAGCUUGA